AUGGCUGAGAAGCAGGACGUCUACGUCCAGGGCGUCACCCCUGGGCCCAGGUCGGACGAGGAAAAGGGUGACGAGACGGUAGAGGACGUGUUUGCUCAGCUGCGCGAGCUGUACGCCGAGCACCAGCUCGACUACAACUUCCCGCACGAGCUCCUCCUGCGGGCCAAGGAUGCCCUCGACAACGAGGAUUCCGACCCCAACCAGGAGACCACUCGCCAGCUGGUCGCCGAGUUCCACUACCAGAAGCAGCUGUCCGAGAAUGACUCCCCCUACCCAGAGGUCAGGGCCGUCGUCGACCCGACUGAUGACCCAAGCACCCCCGUCAACACCUUUCGCGUCUGGGUCCUGGGUACCAUCUUCGCCAUCCUCGGCACGGGUAUCGAUCAGUUCUUCUCCCUGCGCUACCCUGGUAUCAGCAUCUACUCGUACCUGAUCCAGUUCCUGGCCUACCCGUGCGGCCUGCUCAUGGCCAAGGUCCUGCCCACCUACAGGUUUCCCCUAGGCCCACUCUCUUUCACCCUCAACCCGGGCCCUUUCAACCAGAAGGAGCACAUGCUCAUCACCAUCAUGGCCAACGUCGCCUUUGGUGGUUUCAACGGUACCGCCUAUGUCACCUACAUCCUGCAGGUCCUGCGCCUGCCCGAGUACUACAAUGACCAGAGUCUGGUCAACAGCGCUGGUUGGCAGAUCACCAUCGUCUUGGCCACCCAACUCAUCGGCUACGGCACUGCUGGUCUUGCCAGACGCUUCCUCGUAUACCCACAAUCCAUGAUCUGGCCUCGCGCCCUCGCCCAGAUGGCCAUCAACAAGUCUCUACACAACGAGAACGGCCGUGCUGAUGAGGGUGAGACUGCUGGCUGGAAGAUUAGCCGUCUCAGGUUUUUCCUGUACUGCUUUGGUGGCAUGUUCCUGUACUACUGGUUCCCCGGCUACAUCUUCGAGGCCCUGUCGUACUUCAACUGGAUGACUUGGAUUGCGCCCCAGAACGUGGUGCUGGCUGUCGUCACUGGAAGCAUCUGCGGCAUGGGCAUCAACCCUAUUCCCUCAUUUGAUUGGAACAUGAUGAGCUAUCUUUACGACCCCAUCAUCACCCCAUUUUUCUCGUACAUGAACCUCACCCUUGGCAUGCUAUUUGCCUCAGUGGCUAUCAUCAUCCCGAUAUUCUUCUCUAAUACUUUCUCUUCGGCCUACUUUCCCAUCAACUCAUCUCACCCUUUCGAUAACACUGCAACCACUUAUAACAUCAGCAGGGUGCUCACUCCUGAGUUCACGCUCGAUGAGGAGGCAUAUGCGGCGUACAGCCCACCAUACCUGUCGGCUUCGUACGCCGUCCUUUACAUGUUCUUCUUCGCGGCAUACACUUCGUCCAUCAGCCACACGCUCCUGUACAACUGGAGGGACCUGGUCAUCGGCUACAACAACGUCAAGGACAGCUUCAAGAAAGGCCACUACUUCAAGAGGUCGCGCGACUCUUUCACGGAUGUGCACAACCGCCUGAUGUCGGCCUAUGAUGACUGCCCCGAGUCAUGGUACAUGGCUCUCCUGGCGGUGGCCUUCCUCUUUUCCUGCAUUUCGACCCUCUACUACGACACGGGGUUCCCCGUCUGGGGCAUCUUCCUGGCAAUCGCCUUCUCCCUGACGCUGCAGAUCCCACUGGGCAUGAUCAUGGCUAUGACCAACAACGAGAUCACGCUCAACGUGGUGGCGGAGCUGAUUGCUGGGUACACGCUGGCCGGCAAGCCUAUCGCCAACAUGAUCUUCAAGAUGUUCGGCUACAUCGCGACAGCCCAGUCCAUCCAGUUCCUGGCGGACCUCAAGCUGGCCCACUACGCCAAGAUCCCCCCCAAGCUGGUCUUUAUGGCCCAGCUGUACGCCACCAUCUGGGGUGCACUCACUUCCAUUGCUGUCAAUGACUGGCAGCUCAGCAACAUCGAGAACGUCUGCACCUCGGCUGCUGCCGACUCCAUGACCUGCCCUGGUACCUCUGUCUUUUUCACUGCCUCCGUGAUCUGGGGUGUCGUGGGCCCCAAGCGAAUGUUCUCCGACGGCAUCUACGGACCCACGCUGUACGGCUUCCUGUGGGGUGUGCUGCUGCCGGUGCCCUUUUACUUCUUGGCCAAGCGUUUCCCUACCAGCUGGGUGCGCAACAUCCACAUCCCUGUGUUCCUGAGCGGGCCUCUCAACUUGGCGCCGUACAACAACUCAUACCUGCUCGCGGGUUUGUACCCGGCCUUCUUCUUCAACUAUUGGGUCAAGAGACGCUACCAGGGUUGGUGGCAGCGGUACGCGCUCGCCCUCACCACGGCGUUCCAGGUCGCCAUCGCCCUGGGCGCCCUCAUUAUCUUCUUUGCGGUUGAGUACAAGACCGUCACCCUCAGCUGGUGGGGCAACAACGUUCCCUUUGCGGGCGUGGACGGCAGCGGCUCGUGCCCGAUCAAGACGCCGCCGCCAAGCGGAUCUUUUUAAAGUAAUGACUUGGACGUACAUAUGUGACUCUGUGUAUGGGAUAGAGGAAGAGAGGAAAGGCAGGAGAAGCGAAUUCGAUUUCAAACUUUUCUACAAUUUUUUCCCCCUCCGUGGCGACUCAUUUCCAGUACUUCUUUGUUGUCCCUUGUUUCCUUUUCCUCUCUUUCAUUCUCUCCAUCUUCCACUGCAGUCGUGGAAUACCUGACCGUUUUGAGAGGUAUCGGUCAGAUCGACCACAAGAUUUCCGCAGUGGGAAGAGAGAAAGUAGAGCAGGGGAGGAGACAAGUGUUGAAAGGAUAUUGUAAUGAGAGGUGCUCAUGUCGAUAGGAGGCAGAUGAUGAUGAAUAUACCCGAUCUUUACUGUG